AUUCGAUUGCAUUGCAAUGCAUUAUUUUCGGAACGGUGGUCUGAUGCGCGCUAAAGCCGAAAGGUGGUUCAGUUGUGCAUGUUUGUAUUAGAGGCGUUAGGCGUAUUGCAGAAUUUUGUCUUAUAGACUGUAUACAUUUUGUAGGUGGACAUAAACGAUAUAAGUAUGAAGAAUAUGAAAGGUGUUCGACUGCGAGUCCGUGAUUCCAGCACUGACGUUCUUCCAGAACGUUAUGGAGUUCGUAGAAAGCCACGAAAAUAUCUGCUUCCCAUUCCAGCAUCUUACUUCGUUGCUGUACUGUGCUUCCUUUUUUUUGUGUUUGUUGUAAUUGUGUUGGUGGAGAGAAAACUGCCGACGCCUUUAAGAUUAGUGGAUGCUCCAAGUAACCCUGAAAGUUUUAUAGCUGAAAGGGCUAUGAAUCACUUGAUGAGGCUAACAGAUAUAGGGCCUAGAACUACAGGAAGCUAUGAAAAUGAAGUUUUGGCUAUCAAGUUCUUUGAAGAAGAAAUCAGCCACAUUAUGGACCAAGCGAAACCAGUUCAUAGAGUUCAGGUGGAUAUCCAGAAAACCAGUGGGGCCUUUCCACUACAUUUCUUGGAUGGUAUGACAAAUGUGUAUAGAAAUGUUCAGAAUGUAAUCGUUAGAGUGAGUGCCAAGCACAGUGAGUCUCCACACAGUCUUCUGGUUAAUUGCCAUUUUGAUACUGUUUCUGGCAGUCCAGGGGGCAGUGAUGAUGGAGCCAGUUGUGCUAUUAUGCUGGAGAUUCUCCAGAUCAUCACACAGCUGGAUCAGCCGCUAAAACACAACUUAAUCUUGCUCUUCAAUGGCGCAGAGGAAAAUCUGAUGCAGGCAUCCCAUGGAUUCAUAACACAACACAAAUGGGCGAAUGAAGUAAGGGCAUUCGUUAACUUGGAGGCAUGUGGAGCUGGUGGCCGGGAAAUCUUGUUCCAGGCCGGCCCAAGACACCCGUGGAUGAUGCAGACCUACUCAGAGUCUGUUCCAUACCCAUAUGCCUCUUCACUAGCUCAGGAAAUUUUUCAGAGUGGAGUUAUCCCUGGUGACACGGAUUUCAGGAUAUUCCGAGAUUUUGGACAUGUUUCAGGACUUGAUUUUGCAUGGUCAAAAAAUGGCUAUGUUUAUCACACCAAGUUUGAUAACGUAAGGCAGAUUCCUCUCGGCACAUUGCAGAGGACAGGGGAUAACAUCCUGGCACUCACCAAGGGCCUUGUUAACAAUGAUAAGAUGGCUAACACAGAGAAAUAUGCAUCCGGCAAUCUAGUGUUCUUUGAUUUUCUUGGGGCCUUUGUGAUCCGCUGGUCGGAGGGCACCGCCAUGCUCAUCAAUACCCUUGCUGUGGCUGUGUCAAUCUAUUGCCUUUUCAAGAACAUGAAGGCUUCUGUAACAAGAGAUAUGGAAUACACAGUUUAUGUGCGACAGCUGGCGAUCUCAAGUAGUGUGGCCAUAGGCUCCUUAUUGCUAAUACUGCUGGCCAACUUUCUAAUAGCUUUGACUCUCACCGCUCUUGGCCGCUCCAUGAGUUGGUUUGCACGUCCUGUAUGGAUUUUCUUCCUAUAUAUCUGCCCCACACUUUUUGUACCCAUGGUUCUUCUGUUGCUAGUGUCUCGCUGGCAAAGAUCUGUGGUGACUUCGGCAUGGACAUUGUUCCAGCUGUACAGUGAUGGUUAUCAGAUCUUGUGGACACUGAUACUGCUGAUAUGUACUGUGCUACGAAUCAGAAGUGGUUUCAUUGCAUUAUUGUGGAUUUUUUUCACAAUCAUUGAGAACUUCUGUAGAACAUUAUUAUUCAGGCAUUGGAGGGGUGGCAAGUGGCUGCUCCUGCAUGUUGCGGCCUUGUUGUUGCCGUUCACCCAAUGCCUCUACCUCAUUCUGGCCGCCACAUCAUUGUAUGUCCCAAUUAUGGGCCGCAUUGGGGCUGGCAACAAUGCAGAAGUUAUUGUUAGUCUUCUCAUAGGAAUAAAAUUUGGUCUACUGUUCACUUGCAUUGUUCCUCUCAUUUUACUGGUUAAAAAUCCGGACAGAGUGCUGAGUAUGCUUAGCGGGUUGUUUCUGAUAGCUGUUGGGCUUCUGAUUCUGACUCCGCUGGGGUUCCCAUAUUCUGCGGAUCCGGCGGCUCCUGCUCCGCAGCGCUUCAUGAUAGCUCAUGCAGAUAGGACAUUCCAUGAUGAAGCAGGAAAUGUUAAGCAUCAUGAUACAGGGUACUGGGUUGUCAAUAUGGACCAGAACAGUCCCCACACAGUGAAGUCACUAGUCUCAGAGAUGACCCAUAUGCAGCUGGUAGACCAGGACUGUGUUCAGCAAGUGUACUGUGGCAUGCCGUAUCUGAUGCCUGCUCUCUCGUUCAUAUGGAAAACCCACUGGAUUCCUGGGCCCCCACCAUUGAUUUCGUUGCCAACGACAUUGUACCUGAAUAAAAGUGAGAUGAUAUCACACGACCACAAGAGAUUGACCUUCACCAUUACAGGUCCAGACCACAUUGGUGUGAUCUUAUCUCCAGUUCAGGGUGUAGUACUUGGUCAUUGGAGCCUGUAUGAACAAGAGAGACCGGCAGGCCCUAAGUGGAAUGGACGCGAUACUUAUUUCAUUUAUUAUGCUUACGCCUCCGAUCCUGGGCCCUGGACAUUCUCGAUCGAUCUUAAGGGACCUCGCCUUUCAAACCGAACAACCGUAGAUAUGGCUGUUACAAGUCACUUCAUGCAUGGCCCGGCGCAGGUUGGAGUCCGCUUUCGUCGGUUCCUCUUGCAGUUUCCACCCUGGACUGACAUUACUGCCUGGACUGCCACCUAUGCAUCAUGGAAAUUUUGACCAACAUAGAUAGAGGUAGACCAAACAAUCAAAUUUGCUGUAGGGUGCUGACCAGUGGUGCAUUUAUGAAGUGAAUGGAUGGGGCGACUGUUUCUGCUAGCAUGAACUUGUGAAUUUAUAGAAGAUUAUUAAUCACAAUUUUAGCAGUAAGUAUUCCAAUUGAUUUCUUCAGCUUUAUCCUUUAUGCAGAGCGAAACAUUGCUUAUAUAUGCACCAAAUGGUUAAAUAAUCUGCCUUCACUCAUUCCUUCCAUGUAACAUCCAAAGAGGCAGGGAGUGUUACACAUCAUAAGAAGGGGUUGACACAUAUCAUGAACAGUUGACUGGUGUGUACCGCCUGCACAGUUCUCUUAUCUCUUAGAUUUAAUUGGGGUAGUCCCCUUAUAGUGCCACUAGCUCAAUUCUAACUAUGAGUACAUUUUAGUAGUUCAUAAACAUAGUUAAUGACAAAGUUUCAUAGCUCAAAGUAGGUCAUAAUGAUAGGAAGAAAUGCUGCAUAUUGCUUCAUUAAAAUGACAGGUAGUGUAUCUUGCAGUAACAACCAAGAGCUUUGCUGUAGAACAAUAUCCCUCAUAGACUUUCUCUAAGAGAACAUUUGUUGAAGUCCAGUGCAUUGUUUUAGAUGCCAAGAUUGCACUGCGGUAUUUUGGUUGUACAUAGCAAGCAAUAUUAUUUUGUAUAUUACAGAAUUAAGCAUACAGCAUGUAAUGUACAUUAUUUACCUGUUAAAAUCCUGGUGGUUACUAUAUAUACCACCUGCUUUCACAUACUAAAACUCUGACUUGUAUCCGUAGAGUGUGUUUAUUUGUCGUCUCUGAUUUGUGCCCACAGAAUGUAUUUGUUCAUUUCAUGUGGUUCUCACACUAAGCAGUGACUAUUUCCCUAAACAACAUUAACCCAUUGGUCAUUGUUGCAGAGACAUGUUUCCUGUGAGGUACAAACUGAAUUAUUAUAUAUUAUUUAGAAGAAAUUCAGUCUUUAGAAAAGUCAGCGGUAUGUUAACGACUGAAGGUCGGUUGACCAGUCUGGCUUGGUGUCAGGCACCCAUCUGGGGCCCAAGACCAUGUUUUUAUUACCGUCAGACAGUUGCAGAUUUGUUGAUGUGGGGUGCCCUAUCUGAUGAGAGGAUGGGUCUGUUGUUUACAAUUACUGCUGGCCCUCGCCAGUGCAUCAUAUUUACUGCCUUUGAAUUCAGCGGCCAAUAUCCUUUUUAAUGCGAGUAUCAGAUGUAAAGUAAAUUAACUUGCUUGAGAUGUGCACAAUUGGUAAUAAGGUACAAAGAGGAAAAAAUUUGGUAAGGCGAAUUGGAGAGUAUGCGUGAGUGUCAACAGUGACAUCAUAUGCCACUUCAUAAAUUGUGAGGGCAUUAUGUUUUAUAAAGAUCAUGAGAUUUAAUGUAUAAAUGAGUCUUCUAUCAGUUUUAUUUCAAUAUUAUAAUUCCAUGGUGUGUUUCAAUAAACUCGUAGUGAAACUACAGCUGUGCGUAAACUGGGGUGUACUGAGUUUGUUAGUGCAAAUACAGGGAGCCCAUGUGAUCAGUUUCUGGCUUCAGAGAUUCUUGAUCAAUGAAAUGGCACUGGGCAGACAUUUCUCCCUCUCUCCAUGUGUGUGCAUGCGUGCGCAUAAAAUAAUUUAUUCUGUUCCGAUUGUACUAGGGCAGUCAGGAAAAAUAGUCUACAAACAGCUUAAACCUAAGUUUAUAAGGGAGUUUUCUGAGGCUGCCUCCCCUACUCCAAGAAAAUUAUUGGCACCAUCCACGGCCGAUAACUCAACUAAUCACCUUGCCAGAUUUUUUUCUCAUGAUUCAGCAUUACAGAAUUUUGAAGUAGAGAUAAGUGAAAUUGUGAUUCUGUUUUUCAGAUGUUUUAAGUUGAAUUUAGCUCUUUGUAUGAACUUCGCACUUUAAUAGUGAUGUGUGAUAAGUUGGCUCUUAUUAAGCAUUAUCCUUGUUUGAAGUUCAUAUUUAUCUUGCCAUAGUAUUACUGAGAAUAUGGCUCACAGCUAGUAUGUUAUUUUGUUAUCGUGAAAGUGUUCUGAUUUUUUGUUUUAUUUUCUCAUAUUUGUUUAAUGCUGGGCAUUCCAAAGCAAACUGUACAAAGUAACAGGUCAAGUUUCACAUAGUCCUUACCUGUUUGUGUUGAAGUGUACUGAAGUUGUUGAACUAAUACUGAAAAUAACUUCAGUAAAUAUUAGUUGUGUAGUUGCGAAGAUUUUUAGAUGUAAGGGUCCAAAGUUAUCAAAACCAGUAUCUGUUGGCAUAUUAGGCUGUAUGAAAAUUUGGUGUUUAUUGGUAGAUCUUGAAAUACCUUUCAAAAUAUCUGUCACAUGACCGUUUUUUGAUUAAUUGUAGCUGUAAAGUCUAGAUGACAGUGUGCCUGUCCACUGAACCCCGUAUCAGAUAACACAGUUUAAUAGUUCUGACAUUAAUUUUGUUGUCAUCACCAGCUUUGAGUAGUUAUUUCACAUGCUGGAUAUUAUAAGUUAGAAGAGGGUAGGCACUAUUUAGUUGUACUUAGCAAACUGACAGAAUAUAGCAUGUCACAAAGAUAGUUUCAGCAGGCCAAGACAGUAUUACUGCAGGUGCGGCCAAAUUACUCUUUUAAUAGCUCGUUGACUGUGGGGUAUAAUUUCUGGUUCAGAUGGGAUUUGUUAUAAGAAUUACAUCAUAAUUUUUUUAAUGAACUGCAGUGUCAGUAGUUGUUAAUUGUGUUAUUUAUUUUAUGAUGAUGAUUAUGAUUAUGAUAUUAUGGUGAUGAUUUGAGACUGUUUUUACAUUUCUCAUAAAGUACAUCGCUUGUAAACAGAGGCACAGAUAUUGUAAUCACUAGCAGUUUGUAUCUUCCCAUGUUGGCAUAUGUAACAAUGUGAAACUGCCAUUGUAUUCUGUUGGUGUCUCUCGUAAUCAGUAUGCACCAGUAGUAGCUUGCAGGAUCAAUGUGACUGGUGCCUUAAAGUGAAUCUGUUAUCCUAGCAGAUGAGGGGAUCUGAUGUUCAGCGGUAAUUGGGGAUAUUGCAGAUGAUCUCACAGACUUGAUUCUUUGAAGCUGGGCAGUAGUUGCGUUUCUGCUUAUUCGCAGUUUCAGAUAUCAUUAGGAGAUUGCCAUGAUGCGUGUAAUAAAAUGUGUAGCACAGUGCCAUAUUGAGAACAAUAUUUGUCUUAAUUUACUUGCAGUAUACUUUUAAUUUAAGAGCACAGCAAAGUAAAUGUGCAAUGUGAUGAUAAAGGUGCUAUGAUUGUUCAAUUAAGAUGUUUAAAUAAUAUGUAACACUCAUCUUUAUCUGUGAAAGGUUUAGCAUUACAAAUUAUGGAUUAUUGACAGUUUUAGCUGUGGAAAGAUGGACCUUUCUAUUGUUAAAAUAUAAAUUUUGAAGAUUGGAUUAUUUAUUCGAACAGAGUUGUUUGUCACAGGAUGGGGCUUUACUAUGUUAUAGAAAGAUGUAGGUGAUUUGGAGAUGUGUUUGCUGGCCUAGAGUUAAGGCCUUAAGGUGGGGUAAGACACACCUGUGUGUCUGAAGAUCAUGUUUUCAGAACACAGGACCUGAGUAGACUGUCUGCAAAUUGUUGUUUUUUUUUUGUAUUACUGCAGAACUGUUACCACUGCACAUGAACAUACUGUGAUGUCCUUGUGGUCCAUAGUCAGCACUUACAUCAGUGAAGGACACUAUUUAUUUCUUUAUUGAAAGCCGUAACAACACAACAAUUAAUAAUAUAUGUUUAUAUGUAGUUUCAUGUAGUACUUAACUACAUAUGUGUUUUGGUUUUCAGAAAGCCAUAAUCAGGUAAAUACAGUUAAAAACUUCUUUAGCUAUUGAAUUGUGUGCUAAUUACAUGAUGUAGUAUUAGAUUUUUCAAAUAGUAUACAAUAAUAUAAAAUUACAAUGAAAGUAAAAGUCUUAAAAUGAACUAGUUACAUAAUUAAAAUCCAAUUAAGAAUUGUACAUAUAAUUAUGUUUCAGAGUAGGCAGUUGUAAUUGUAAUAAUACGUGGUGGUGCUUAUGCGGACAUGUUGUGUACACAGACGGUUGUUAUGGUGCUCGGAGGUCCGUUGCUAUAUUGUACGUUAUUAUUUAAUUUUGAUAUCUCUUUACGGGUGCCUCCAUUUAUGUGUAUAGGUCCGAUCUGGUGAGGAGAUGAGGGUGUCUUGGAAGCCAAAACAUGUAGUAAAGUACUACUUGAAACUAGAUACAUAUAUUAUUGUUGUGUUCUGACAGCUUCCAACAAAAAAUGUAUAAUACACAACAGGAUGCAUCCACUGGGGGGGGGGGAAGACACUAUUUAUUUUGUUUUAUGUAAUGACACUUUCAGUUCCUGAGAUUUUGUAGUGUUAAAUGAUGGGAUGACUGGUGAAUAAUGACUGGAAAGGAUGUUUAAGGAAGUGGCCAUAGCCUAAUUUAAUGUAUUAUCCUGCAAUUUUACUGUAGGGACUAUGGAAAACCGCAUAGUCAAAAUAGCCAGACUUCAGGGCUGAGGCUUAGUACUGAGCUAGAUAGGUGCACUGGUGCGCCUAGCCUAAGGUCAUGAACUUGAUUGGUGCACUGGUGUGCCUUGCCUGAGGUCAUGGACUAGAUUGAUGUACUGCUGCACCUAUCCUAAGGUCAUAAACUAGAUUUGUGUGCUGGUGUGCCUAGUGUGAGGUCAUGAAGCAGGGUCAUCUGUUCUUUUCUGAAGGUGAUUUGAAUGAUGACUGAUGGAGCAGAGUUGAGAGGAGCACUCCAAAUACGUUCCUUUUCAAAUUGGUAUCUCUUCUUGGUCUUAGAGUUCGUCUAUUGCAUAUAGAAAUGUUUUUAAGAGACCUGACCCGCAGUAGACAUACUACACAGUGCAUAACAUCAUAGUUGACAGUAUUAAUCAACAGCACAGAUGAUGUACUGAAUAGAAGUUAAAUUUAUUUGUUGCCUGCUUUUCAUUAAAAAUAUGUGCUAUCAAAAGAAGGUAAAUGUAAAGGUAUCCCUGUAACAGGCUGUGGAAGCCAUAGGGUUGUGAGACGGCUAGUCAGCCAAAUUUUCUAGACAGAUCACAGAAGGUGGUGAGGUCAGCAUUAAGCUCUGACCGCCCUCUACCCCCAGACAGAUUGCUGGUACUCAUUUCUGU